AUGUCCGCUCGUAAGACGAAAGUGACACGUUCGUCGGUACCGAUCCGCAGUGAGGUCAGCUUUAGCGGUAGUUUCACUGGGUCAGCUGGCGAAGAUUCGUUCCAGUCGAUCCUUGAAAGCAGUCGCUCACAGGAGAAAGAACAACUCACAGGCCUCAACAGCCGUCUCGCUACCUACAUCGAUAAAGUGCGUCAGUUGGAGGCCGAGAACAACCGCCUCACCGUACAGAUCAAGGAUAUCGAAAUAGUUGAGAAGAAGGAAAGAAAUAACCUUGCUGAGCGUUUCGAUGCUGAACGGGCUCGCCUUCGCAAUGCUCUUGAGGAUGCUCGCGAACAAGCCGCAAAGUAUGCUGUUGAGCGUGACUCGGCAAUGGCUGAGCAUGAGCGUCUCGCAACGAAGGUCGCCAAGCUAGAGAGGGAUCUGAAGAAGUCAGAAGAGGAUCGUCUGUCUGCGUUGUCCUUGGCUGAGUCGAGCACUGCUAAGCAGAAGAACAUGCAAAACAGGCUUGAUAAGGCAGAAGGCGAUGUUGCUGAUCUCGAAAAGGAGCUCGCUCGUCUGCGCAUGCAGCUUGCAGCCUUGCAGAAGAACCUCGAAGACGAAAGCGUCCUUCGUGCAGCUGCUAACGCUAAGAUCCAAGCGCUGACGGAGGAUUUAGAAUUCCAGAAGAAGCAGCACAAAUCGGCUCUGGAAGAAGUGCGCCACAAACGACAAGUUGAUAUGACCACAUACGCCAAGCAGAUCAACGACGAGUACCAGUCGAAGCUUCAGGAUCAGCUUGCAGAGAUGCGUGCCCGUUUCCAAGCUCAACUUUCUGCUAGCAAGGGUGCUUUUGAGGAGGCUUACAAGAACAAGCUCAACGAUGCUCGUGAACGUGCUGAAGCUGCUCACGAUGAGGCGGCUCGCAUGCGCAUUCGUGUACACGAGCUGGAGAAGAGCGGCAGCACCCAUGAUUCUGUGAUCGAGGGGCUCCGUCGCGAGCUUGCUGACGUGAAAGAUGAACUGGAUCGCGCCAGAAGAUCAUGGCAGGAAAGACUCGAUGGAAAGGAGCUGCGUAUCGCUGAGCUGAACCGCGAGAUCCAGCGUAUGAUGGAUGAAUUCCAUGAUCUGCUUGACGUGAAAAUCCAACUUGACACUGAGUUGAACACUUACCGAAUGCUGCUUGAAUCUGAAGAAACUCGCCUCAACAUCUCUGGUGGUGGUGGUCAGUCGCGUGACAACAGCAUGACAUCUCAUCAUGUCUCCUACUCAUCUGGAAGUGGAGGUGGAGCACGUGGUCUGAAGAGAGCCAGAGUUGAAUGGAACGGCGAUGAGGAACUCGAUUUCCAUAGACUACGUCAGAAGCUCCAGAAGCACGUCGAUGGUCCGGUUGGUAUUGAUGAGAUUGACCCUAAUGGACAAUGGGUACGAAUCUCAAACAGCACAGAUGAGGAGGUCAGCAUUGCACACUGGAAGCUACUUGUUCGCGCUGGCGGUAAAGAAGUAACUUAUCAGUUCAACACCCGCAUGAAACUCGAUCCUCACGGUCACGCCACCGUUUACUCGGCUGAUUCUGGUGAGAAACACCGCCCGCCCACUGAUUUUGUUAUGAAGAAACAGAAUUGGCCGAUUGGUGACAAUCCCUCUGUACGACUCGAGGAUCAUGAAGGAGAUCUCCGAUCAUCGGUUACUUUUGAGUCGGAUGAAUCCACAGACCCAUCCGAUCCUGCAGAGCGAUGCAGCAUUAUGUGA